AUUUUACGGCCCAUUUAAUUUUACAAUAAUCAAAUUAGGUAGUGAAUUUUAAGUUUUAUUAGAUUAGUUUUUUCAGAUACAAUUUUAAAAGAAUAAUAUAUGUAUAUGUAUCGAGAUGAGAGAACAAAAUAAGUUAUCAAUGUAAUAAAAUAUAUGUUUAUGUUUUCAUGAGUUCUUAAAGCCAAGCACUCGCUCUCUCAAAUGGUCAUGUCCAUGAUCAUGCUUGUCAGAAUUAGCUUCCGAAUCAAUUUUUUUAUAUUUUUAUUCAUAUUUAUAAAAGCUUAAAUCAAACGGCCACCAUGAUCCGGCUGUCCACCAUAAUAAACUGGUCCCCCCCACACCAUAUCCGGACCCUCUUUCCCGCUACUCUCGGUUUUCUGUUAGCCAACCAAAGAUUCGAAUUCGAAGAAGAAGAAGAAGAAGAAGAAGAAGAAGAAGAAGAAGAAACAGUCUCCCAUAAGACCAAAACAAAGCUCCGAUUAUCUGUCUUUAGUUUCACGUUUCAGAUCUCUCUUCAUCCUUCGUCUAUGGCUCUGAUCGUUCCCUUUCUUGAUCACAACCUCUCGAAUCACACUUCAUUCUUCGGCCUCAAGCUAUGGAUCUUCCUUCUCAUCUGCGUCGCAGCUUCGCUCCUUCUCCUUCUCUCACUUCUCUGCCUCUACUUCCUCUAUUGCAGCCGCCUGAAACAGAUUUCUUCUCGCUUCACCCCACUGAGCCCCGCAGGUUUCAAGAACUCUCUCUGUAAUUCCUCUUCGCUAGACAGGAGGUUGUUGUCGAGUAGAAUUUUGGAGAUCGAAUUAGGCACCGGAACUCCUGGGAUGCCGCCAGCGGUGUCCGGCCGGUGGGCGAGGAGUUCUGGUUUUGCGGAGUUAGGGGCGGCGGCCGGGUUCUCUGGCGAUGUUAAGAUGAUGAAGCAGUGCUACAGUCUGGGGGAAAUUGAAGUGGCCACGAAUUGUUUUGCCAGUGAGAAUGUGAUCGGCUGUGGAGAAAAUGGGAUUGUUUACUGCGGUGUAUUGUUCGACGGCACGCGAGUUGCAAUCAAGAAGUUAUAUGACAGUGGUAAACCCGAAAAUUUUGUAGCAAAUGUGGAAGCGAUUGGGCAUGCUAGACACAAGAACCUGGUCCAGUUGCUCGGAUACUGCAGCGAAGAACACUGCAGGAUGAUUGUGUACGAGUAUGUGGACAAUGGUAGCCUUUACCAGUGGCUUCAUGGAUGCAAAAGAGAAGUCAGUCCUCUAACUUGGAAAAUUAGAAUGAACAUUAUCCAAGCAGCUGCAAAAGGUCUGGCAUACCUGCAUGAGGAUAUUGAACCUAAGAUUAUCCAUCAACAUGUUAAAUCAAGCAACAUUCUACUUGAUCAUCAAUGGAAUCCUAAAUUAUCCGAUCUUGGCAUUGCAAAAAUCUUAGGACCAGAGUGGAGUUGUUUUGCAACCUCUACCAAGGGAAUGUCCGGUUAUACUGCUCCGGAAUUUGCUUGUACCGGGGUUUUUAAUGAGAAAACGGAUGUUCAUAGCUUUGGGAUACUUCUCAUGGAGAUUAUAACGGGGAGGACCCCUGUCAAUUACUCCACUGAAAAUAAAGCAGAGGUAUACUUGAUAGACUGGAUAAAAUCUAUGGUUGCAAAGCAAAACUACGAUGUUGUGGAUCCUAAAAUGCCAGAUAUGCCUUCAUUGAAGGAACUGAAGAGAGUCCUUUUGAUUGCACUUAGAUGUGUCGAUCCAGAUGCAAAAAGUAGGCCGAGGAUGGGAGAUUUAAUUCACAUGUUUGAGCCACUUGACUUGUUGCUCAUUGAUGGAGGCUGUAUUAGGAAUAAAACUUGUCGUUGUGAUUCCUCAAACGAGAAUCUUCAGGCCAUUGUCCAGCAUGGGGAGAAUGUUGAUUAAGGUAAAUUUUGGUGGAAGGGAGUGCUAUAAAAACUUGAGGAGAUCUCAAGGCAGAACAGAUCAAGUAAAAAGCUGAAGUUUUAAGAUUUUUUUGUUUCUCGAAAAGGCAGUCUUGAAUGCAAAAUUAUGUCAAUUUGGAAAUAGUUUUUUAAUUAGAAGAUAACCAUUUUGUAUAUCUUUUUAUCAAUACAUCUCUAAUAAUC